UGCAGUUUAGCUAACAUGACUAACUUUAACAUCUUGUUUUCUCACCUUAGCCUACCCUAACCUUUGUUCAGCGAGGACUGGAGAUGUUAUAACUUAACGUUAAUACUCCUGAGGCAAAUGUCUGGACAUUACUUUGAAGAAAAACCGAACUCUGACGAAGCGGCUGGCUUUGCCGAAGCUAACCGUAAUUUGAAUUUUUGUUAGCUAAGCUAGUUAGCUAGCGAGUACUAACAUAGCAUUUCCCAUUGUUACCGCAAAAUAACGUAAUACUAUUCUUGUAAUUUUGAGUUGGCCAUACUGUCUCUUUGUGGCAUGUAACCACUGUAAAAGGCCUCUAAACUACUGAGUCAUUGCAAGAGUAAAAUGGAUAAGACAGGGGUCUGCAGCAACAGCCGAAAUACUGUAAGGACAGAUCUCAGUUUGCUGCUUGAGUGUCUGAAGUUUCAGAUGAAAUGUCCUGAUCUACAGAAACAAGCUCUUCUCACCAUUCACUCAAUUUGUGAAAGUAGAGAGGAUAAUGUGGACCUGCUGCGGGAAAUGGGAGGAGUGGCAUUUGUGUACAACCUCUCCAAAUCCAGUAUUGUUCGCUCAGAUGUUAAGGAGACUGCACUCUUUACGCUUGGCACGUUAGCCGAGGCCAAUGUGUAUUGCAAGAAUUCUCUGUGCAGAAAGGAGACAUUUGCAGACCUUGCUGAUAUGAUGAUAAAAGAAGACAUCCCAGUGACACAGAAGAGAGUGUCUGUCUAUUUACUGUCUGUGUUGGUAGCGAACAAUAAAUCAGGACAGACUUUAAGCCAAACCACUGGCUGUCUGGAUAUUCUACUGGACCUCUUUAGGACCACUUCCCCUCUCUGCACAGAGGCUUCUUUGAGAGCAGCUAAUGCUACUCAAACCUACCAACUUUGGGCAUCUGUGUCUAGUGCUCUCUGUGGAUGUGUCAACAACCCUCAGAAUGAGGGUGGUCAGCGUAUUUGUGUAUCAGCCUUUCCCAUAAUUAAAGUCUGGCUUCAGCAGAUUGAUAUGCCACGAACUGAGAUUUUUCAGCCCAUAUGUUCCUUCAUAGCAAUGACAGUGGCCAACAACUCCUGUGUUCAGGAGAGUUUUUCCGCCUCAGGGGGUCUGGAUACUCUCACUCUUUCACUGGUUCGUCUGGCUUCUGCAGCAGGCACAAGCUUUUUGUCUUGCCAGCUUUCUGUCACUAUAUCCAAGACCUUGUCCGCUUGCAUCACAGAGAACUCUUCUCUGGCUUCGGGUCUGGCUCAGUAUGGUGUGGUUUCUCACCUCUUCUCCCUGCUGGUGAGCCCACACCUGGACCCAGAGGACAGGCUCUCAGUUUUACUCACUCUGGGCCACUGCACAGAGACCUCUGGUAAGACUGCACAGUCGUGCUGGUGGUGUUGGAUUGUGUUUCCACUUUAUAUUUUGAACAUUUCAGGGAAUUUCAGCCACUAUUCCUCAACAGUUUUCCUUCCCUUGAGAGUACAGCUUGGAUAUUUAUGCUAUUCAUGUCUUUUUUUUACAACUGUGUGUUUCUUCCUGUCUGUAGAGGAGCACCAGUCCCAGUUGUUGCAGUGUGGAGGCCUUCCCCUCAUCAUAACCCUCCUCACAGAGGAUACAAGUGAGGAGGUUCGGAAGGCUGCUACAUUCAUAUUGCAGACCUGCAAAAAGGCCACCAUGUCCCUUGGAGUGCCUGGUCUAAUGGCGAAACAGGGGGAGGCUGACAGUAUGGAGCCCCUUAUAAACAUGGAAGGCUUCAGGAGCUCAGCCAGAGAGUUGCUGCGAAGGAUUGACCUGCUAGAGAGGAAACAGGCAAAGGAGGCUGAAGAUGAGCAGGAGGACAUAGAUCUAUUAACUCUGACCGAAGGACUGGGCAUGCCAUCUCUCCCUGCAGCAUCACCUUUGCCUUUGCAGCAGGAGAGCAUGAAAACCAUUCCCACAGAAUACAGACAGAACAACACAGUUAAGCAUGUAGAAACAAGGGAUGACAACAACAAUAAACUUCGAACUGUCAGAAACGUGAUCAAGAAGAAGAGUGACAAUAAACUCAAAACCAGUGGUGGGAGUGUGUGUUCAGUGUGCAAAGGUACUGGAUUCCUAAUGCCUCCCAAUCUGCAACCACUAGAGGGAGCCAGAGAGCCUCACACAGAAGACAAUCAGUUGUUUAUGCCUCCAGUACCAGUGAGACACAGUGUACCAACAGAAAUGAAAUGUACUGAUGAAGAAGAUUUGCAGGAUAGUGAGAUGAGUAAGGAGGAGCACUCAGUCUCUACUAUCCGGUGCACAGGUUGUGUGUUGCCUUUUGAGGAAGUGACCAGUCGCAGUUUUGAGUCUCUCCAAGACUCCUGCCAACACAGCUGUGACAUGCACAGGGUUCUCCAGGAGGCCACAGAGCGGUUUAGGACUCGUCGCUGCAACCUUCUGUUCGGGAGAGAGUACCAAGGCGACACUGUGGAGCACACAGAUCCAGAAUCUGAGAGAGUUUUAGCUGCGGAGCCACAGAGAAGCAGGGAAAACUGGAGAGAGGUCAGCCUAACUCCCAUACGUAAAGGAGCAGGGAGAGGCUGCCUGCCAGAACACCACUGGAAGAAGCACAAUGGCAUCACUUUGACCCCAAUGCGCAGAGGAGCUAAAAAUGAGACAGUGACCGGUUCAGGCUUGAUUCCGCUGAAAAGGUCUCGUCUUCCUGAAGAAAGAAGAGGAGGGAAUAAUAGUGGAAAUCGUGUUCUUGACGACGAGCCGAGGGCUGGCGCGGAUCAUUGUUCCACUAAAAGGAAGAGGAAUGACUUCAGCCGUGAGGAGGUAAAUUACCUUCUGAGCGGAGUGAACACUUACGGCCUCUCCUGGAACUCUAUCUUGUGGUCGUACCCCUUCCAGCCUGGACGCACCAAUGUUGACCUGGCAAAGAAAUACAGGAGGCUAAUGAAAGGUAAAGCCCAGGAUUCUGGCUGUGAAUAAUCCUGGUCCUGAGAUCUUGUAAAUAACAGCUUCGACUCUCUUCACACUGUAUUGAUUAAAAAAAAAAGAAGCAAUAUUUACUUCAUAUACUCAUAAUAUAUUGUACUCUCAGUAUUUAUAGACUGUUAGUUCUUGGUUAAUAGUUUACACUGUUUUAAAAAUAGUUUUUUUCAGUUUUAAGUGCUUUGAUAGAUAUUGUUAAUUGUUUCUUUUUG